GCGGGGGGCUGCGGGCAGGGCGGGGGGGUGUGUGCACGCUCGAGCUUUCGGGCCACAGCCACCGCCGCGCAAGCUAGAAGCGCCCUAGCCCGGCAAGCUGGCUCACCCGCUGGCCACCCAGCACAGCCCGCUGGCCCCUCUCCUGCAGCCCAUCUGGCGGAGCGGCGGCGGCGGCGGCGGAGGCAGGAGGAUGGCUUCAGAACUGGCAAUGAACAAUUCCGACCUGCCCACCAGUCCCCUGGCCAUGGAAUAUGUUAAUGACUUCGAUCUGAUGAAGUUUGAAGUGAAAAAGGAACCGGUGGAAACCGACCGCAUCAUCAGCCAGUGCGGCCGUCUCAUCGCUGGGGGCUCGCUGUCCUCUACCCCCAUGAGCACGCCUUGCAGCUCGGUGCCCCCGUCCCCCAGCUUCUCGGCGCCCAGCCCGGGCUCCGGCAGCGAACAGAAGGCGCACCUGGAAGACUACUACUGGAUGACCGGCUACCCGCAGCAGCUCAACCCCGAGGCGCUGGGCUUCAGCCCGGAGGACGCGGUCGAGGCGCUCAUCAGCAACAGCCACCAGCUCCAGGGUGGCUUCGAUGGCUACGCGCGGGGAGCACAGCAGCUGGCCGCAGCGGCAGGGGCCGGGACCGGCGCCUCCCUGGGCGGCAGCGGCGAGGAGAUGGGCCCCGCCGCCGCCGUGGUGUCCGCCGUGAUCGCCGCGGCCGCCGCUCAGAGCGGCGCGGCACCGCACUACCAUCACCACCACCACCAUGCCGCGGGGCACCACCAUCACCCGACGGCCGGCGCCCCGGGAGCCGCGGGCAACGCGUCUGCCUCUGCGGGCGGCGCGGGCGGCGCGGGCGGCGGUGGCCCGGCCAGCGCCGGGGGCGGCGGCGGCGGCGGCGGCGGGGGUGCGGCGGGGGCGGGGGGCGCCCUGCACCCGCACCAUGCCGCAGGCGGUCUGCACUUCGACGACCGCUUCUCGGACGAGCAGUUGGUGACCAUGUCGGUGCGCGAGCUGAACCGGCAGCUGCGCGGGGUCAGCAAGGAGGAGGUGAUCCGACUGAAGCAGAAGAGGCGGACCCUGAAAAACCGCGGCUAUGCUCAGUCCUGCCGCUUCAAGAGGGUGCAGCAGAGACACGUCCUGGAGUCGGAGAAGAACCAGCUGCUGCAGCAGGUCGACCACCUCAAGCAGGAGAUCUCCAGGCUGGUGCGCGAAAGGGACGCCUACAAGGAGAAAUACGAGAAGUUGGUGAGCAGCGGGUUCCGAGAAAACGGCUCAAGCAGCGACAACCCGUCCUCUCCCGAAUUUUUCAUGUACCCAAGGGACUCUUCUACAUCUGUGAUGUGAGCAAAGCAGUUGCCCGGAGUCAAACAGAGAAGACAUUCUGCUUACUCGCUCCUUGUUGCGUGCACACAAGCAAGGUUUUAUUUUCUGAAAUUGGAAACUAUUUUUUACAAAGGUACCUUGGACAGACUUGCACCCAGGAUGUCAGUGCAUGCGGCAAGCGUCUUGGAUCCUGAAGCACCUGAGCAGGGGGUUGUCUGGAACUCAUCUUUCACAGAAGAGGAAAAUGUACAGCAGGGGCCCUCAAUGAGUACCCUGGCAUGCGUGGAGAUGGACCAUCCUGAUCUAGAACAUGGUUUUCUUAAGCAGACACUGUAUGAUGUAACCAAGACAUUUCACUUUGAACUGCUUUAGCUACAGAAAUUAUGGCAAAUUUUAAAACUCAUACUUCAAGAACAAUUGAUAUUUAACAUUUGUUAUGGCCACAUGAAGGCCAUAUCUGUUUGUCGGAGAUAGAAUAAACAUCUGUGCACUCAAACAUCCCGCCCAGCCGUUUACAGACUUGAAGGAUGUGAUGAGAAGCUACCGGGGAACAAGCACCUCCCAGGAGCCAGAAUCUAUGUCAUCUGCAGUCCUUGAAACAAGUACAGAGGCAGAUACUUAAAUCCACUAGACAGAAGUGGAGAGUAAUAAGCACAGAGUAAUUUAGGUGCCAUGUGAUCAUUUAGUACAAUCCUGCUUAGGUACCUACCAAGCCUCUUCUUCCCCAGGCAAUCUGCCCCCAGCCUUCCUCUGUCACACACUCCAGCUUUUAGCCUCAAUUUGUACUGGAAGAGCCCAAGUGCCCUCUCCUUGGCCUCUUUUCCUGAGCAGUGUUGAGAGUGGCUCCGAUGAAAAGGCAUAUCAUGUGAUUAGCGUCUGUCGGUCCAGAGCCAUGACUUCUCAUGGUCUUGACUCCCGAGGACCCUUGUUGGUCCAAACAAAUGAUUCAGUGCUUUGAUUUUGGUAGGCAAUAAAAAAGGCUUUACCACUCAAAAGAUAAUGACUGUCAUUCCAGCCACAGUUUAAAACGUAAUUGAUGACACAUCUCCUUAAAACUCCAUAAUGUGUAAAGUCACUCAGGAAAUUGCUGGGCACUGAAGAUAAAUCAGUCGGUGUUGGUAAAUCACUCCAACGAAAGCCCCGUUGAAUAAAAGUUGUCAGCGAAAUCGGCACUGUUACUAAAAAGAAUACAAUUUCCACAUCUUAAAGAUGGGAAUUGUCCCUCAAAGGGGAGCAUAAAGGAUUAAAUAUGGUAAUAUAUGUAAAGCACUUGGAUUAAAUAUGUUAAUGUAUGUAAAACACCUGCACUGGGUAAACACCCCACAAUGUUCAGCCAUGGACAAUGUUACAUGGGAUGAAAUUCUGACCUUGACACUUAACAAGCCUUGGUUUAUAUUAGAAUAACUUUGUGAUUACAGUAUUGAACUCCUCCACUCCCAGCCCUCUGCUUUAAAAUAAAUGUUUUCAAAACCAGAAAACCGAGGUUGGUAUAGAAUAAUAGCUUAUGGCUAUUCUUUUAUUAAAAAUCCCAUCACCCCUAAAAAUUUAAAAUAAAAUAAAAUCACUGUGCUUUGGGGAUCUUGCUGCUCAAAUAAUUUAGGAAAAUGGCGUGUUAAACAUUUAAUAUUGCUGUCAUCCAUCUCAGAGCUUUUAUAUGCUAAUAUGUAUGCCCUGUAUACAUAUUAUACUAACACAGAUGGCAUGCAGUAUUUUCCAAACUUGUGUGAACAUGGACCCUGGUAUUUAAACAACCAUUUCCUGUAACUAGCAUUGUGCUGGGCAAUUUUGGAAAAAAAGAAAGAUGAUUGCCUAAAGUAUUAAAGUCCUGACAUUUCUUUCAUUUAGCACCAAAGAGCCCUCUUAUUAAUUUUCCCUGGUGAAAACCCUGUCCUCAGUGGCUCAUUUGCAUUCUGCAUGUUCAUUUUACUCAUCAGCCCAGAACAAUUGUAUAUGAUUUGGCCUGCAAUGUAUACUUUAGGAGAGAAAACUAUGAGGGGGUAAAUCCUAUAGGACUGUGCAAUAAUGAGUUCCAGGAGUUGGCCCUGCCUCCCUGGGUCCCCAGGAGAUCCCAGGAGUUCAGCUUGGGAUCCUCUGAUUGUUUAGCACACCCAGAGGCCUUGUUUAACUUGGCUUAGCCUUUUGUGACUGGAGGAGCCAUCCAAGGGACUCCAAGCUUCUGCAUGGAAUACAUAAUUUCCUAGGGAUUCUGGCCAGAGAGUCUGUGGCUGUGAAAGCUGCCUUCAGUUUGGGGAUCCUUUAUUAAAAGCAUGGGAGUAUCUCUUGCAAUAUGAAUAAAAGAUGGCUUCAGCAAGAACUAGGGGUGAAGGUUCAUUCUCUCUGAUCCCCUUUUUAAUGCACCUUCAUGCCCAAGUCCCGCCCCAACUACGUUGUUUGCUCUUAAAGCCCAUCAGAGCUUAGGCGGACAUUCUAGGUUCCCCAACUCCGAAGAGAACUGACUGGCUCAUCUAACAUUGAAUGAACAGUAUCUAGGGAGGGUCUGUAGGGCCAGCUUCUUGCUUAGUCAGAUCUUUUAAGACAAGGACUGGAUGAGGCUAGCACAGUAACCUGGUCCCAAUAUGAGAGAUUAACAUUAGUACUCAGUACUCAUGUGCACCUGCUUUGUUGGCAGGGGUGAGAGGGGCUGAGAACAAGCAGGUCUCUGAACCUAUAAGAUGGGUUGUCAGUCCUGGAUGUUCCUAGAAGGGAGUGGGGCUUUGGAAAACAUUAAUGUCCCACCUCACAUGUCAAUUAAAUCAGAACCUCAAGGGGUGGGUGAGCUCAGGCACCAGUGUUUUUUAUUUUAAACAAGUUCAAGACAUUCUAGUAUGGAAGGAGGAAUGAGGAGUCCCAGAAAAGAAUGCAGGGGGCACCAGCAUCUAUAGAAAACACAGAGAGUCAAGAAGCCCCUGGCAAAGCUCCCGCAUUCUUCUCCUUCUGACAACUCAGCAUCUCCCAGGUCCAGUUUCAGAUGAGAAGGGCAGAACAAUUGCUUUGUGUUUCCCACUCCAUCUGGCCUCCUCAGUCCUCUAGAAACAUCAACUCUAUUCAUGAUGAGCAAGGCCACUGCAGUCAGAUAAGGUCCCUCGGGGAAAGCAGACUGGGGCUGGAAACCUCCAAUUUAAACCUGACUUGGCCACAGCAUAGCUCCAGGAUGUAAAUGGGUCCUGUUCCCUUUACUGCCUUUUGGGAUCACAUGUCACAAACUUUUCUUUAAAAAAAAGAAAAGAACAAGAAAAAAUGGUGAGGGUGUGUAACUGACCUGGAAGCCAAGGAGGGCUAUGAAAUCAGCUAUGUGCCUAACGUUUCACAAAUUUAGCAGUGAAUUGGAGAGAGAGGAUUUGAACUGGUGAAAUGGUGAGUUGUUUUUUUUUUACACUGUGAUACCUUUAAAAAAUAAUCUGUGUAGAAAAGAAAAUGCUUGUUAAGUGAUCAAACUACAAACAUAGAUACAGUCUCAAAUUAUUUGCACAGACUUUUGCAGACACGAUAGUGUUUGUCAUCAGUCCAUCAGGCACUUUGUGUGUGGUGUUGGUUACUAUAUAAGAAAGCCCAAGGAGAAUGGUGCUUUCUGGAAUUAACCAAUAUAUUUGAUCACAUGCUGUCAGGCUCAUUGAUUCUCUACCAAGGUCAGACACACAUAUGUGCUUGAGCUUAUACACACAUUCACUCACACACACACACAUAUACACACUCACAUAUAUACACUCACACACAUACACAGAUACAUACUUAAAGACACACAUGCACACACACACAUACACACUCAUUCACAUAUAUACACUCACACACACAUACACACAUACACAGAUACAUAGUUAAAGACACACAUGCAUACACACAUACGCACGCACACGUGCACACACACACACACAUACACAAACCUAUGUUGAAGAUACUCAUUCAUUGCUCUACCUUGUAAGAAGAUGGCCCUGUGAAUUUCUCCUCUCCUCUUGGCUUCUGAGACCAUGUGAGAGUGAAGUUUAUAAUGAUACAUUCUUGUGUUUGGCACAGUCCCAAUUGAUGGUGAGUCAGUCACACACAGUGGCCAUGGCAUAGAGCUUUGCAAGCAAAGCACAGGUCUCCAUGAAUAAGCAGUUGGCUAUCCAAACACCACACCAAUUUCCUUCUCUGGACAGCACAUUAAAUGUCACCUGCAGGGUGCUAUAUUUUUAGUUAUUUACUUAAUUUAGCUAGUUAGCUUGGUCUCUGACUCUAAUUUAUCACCGGGAUUACAAGUGUGUGCCAUUACACCUGCUUUUGUUGUUACUGUUUUUAUUUUCCUUGCAUUUUAGGGUUUGAACUCAGGUACUCAUGAUUGCAAAGCAAACAUAUUGCCAACCUAACCCCAGUCCUAGCAGGGGAUUCCUUUUUGAGACUAUUGUCAAUGAGCGUUUUAUUCUGGCUGUUUUCCCAUUAAAAUUUUACAUUUCAAGUA